CCACGCGUGCUUCCUGAUAUAGAUUGCUUUUUUCCUGAUAUAGAUAUACCAUUGCGAGCCAAUGGAUUAGUGGACGUUCUUGAAGUGAUAAAGUCUGCUGUUCGCACAUUUGACCAAAAAACGAUUGCACUAGGAUCUUCCCGCUCCUACAAAACCGUACUCGAACUUAUUGCAACGGGAUCCGUAUCGACGUUAGAGAAACAUUUCAAGCAAGUUUUUAAAUAUGCCGAUAAACUUCGUCCUCUGGAAGUUUGGAUCAUCCAUUUUUCUAGAGAGGAUUCUAUUGUAUCGAAUUUAUCUUCGAAUAACAAUUCAUUGGAAACGAAUCCAAAGGAUUCAACUAAGGUAAGUAAGGAAGAAACAAAGUCUCGAGGCUACGACUCAUCAAAUCUGAACAUUUCAGAAAUAAGUUCUGAGGCCAAAUCACCUACUAGUCUAUUGUCUAAUCAGAAAAUUCCUUAUAACCAAAAAGUAGAACGAGGUUAA